UUCUGAACCUAGUUUGUGGUUAUAUCUAACUUCAUAGGUAGAUACAUCUGAUGACUUCAAAAUAAUUCCAGAAUAUGCAGGAAAUGUGACGCAAUUCUUUUCUGAUUUAGUAAGUAAAUUAAAGUAGAAAAAUGGAGCUUUGGAAUUUCAUCCGUAAUAUAUUUGGUGGACAAAAUUUCGAAGAACCAAAGAAUAAGUGGUUUUUCGAUCAUCAUAAUAAUUAUGAUAAGGAUAAUUUUGAAAAUCUAAUAUGGCAAAAUGAUGAUGAUGAUGAUAAUAUUGAUAAUUCCAGGUAUUUUAAGAGAAGGCAUCACUUUGAGAUUUUCAAUAAUCCAUUAGAAAUGACACGAUACUUUGAAUUUCAAAUAGAUAACAUGUUAAGUGAUGAUGCAACUAUGAAUAUGCUUCCAUUUUCAUCUCCACAGAAAGAACAGCUGCGUGAUCAAAUGUUAAAGCAGGACAAUGAUGAGAUAUCACCAAAAUUAGACAUUGUCUUAGAUGGAAAGGUUACUGCAGACAAUUUUUCUGAUGUUUGGGAUGAAUAUAAUCACUCAAAAGUAGAAUCGUCAAAACCCUUUAUAAUUACAAAGUCUAUGAAGAGAGAAUAUAUUCAUAGACCUGAUGGAAUAAUACAACAAAAGCAAGUUAUUAGAGAUUCUGAAGGAAAUGAGGAAACUAUUGUAUCAAAACAAGUUGGUGACAAAAUGCAUACUAUUAUUACAAAAAGAGAUAAAAGUGGAGUAGAAACAACAACAGAAAAUUUUUGUGAUAUAAACGAAUGUGAAUUAUCACGAAGAAAAGAUUUACUACCAAAUGAAAAACUUAUUUUUGGUAAUAUAGAACUGAAUUUAUUUCCUUGGGUGAAAUUCUUUAAACUUGAUCCAAAAUUAUAG